AUGGGCACCUUUGCCCUGGGCACGUUUAUUGGACCUGUUCUGGGAGGCGCCAUCGUCACUAAAACGACCUGGCGGUGGGUCUUUUACAUUAACCUCCCCGUGGCGGGGAUUGCCCUGGUUCUGGUGACUCUGUUUCUGAGGGUCAAAUGGAACCGAGAAGGGACUCUCAAGGAUCGACUCGCUCGGGUGGAUUUCUCCGGGAAUAUGAUCCUCUCUGCGGCGAUCGUGGCCAUCCUGAUUGCCCUCACCUGGGGAGGAACAACGUAUACCUGGAGCUCGUGGCACACCCUCGUCCCUCUCCUGGUCGGCGCUCUCGGCCUCGUUUUGUUCGGUCUGCAUCAGGAAUAUGUCGUCCGCGAGUCGACGAUGUCGCAUCGCGUGUACAGCAACACCACUUCUCUGGUGGCCUACAUCCUCACCUUCCUCCACGGGAUCAUCAUGUCCUGGCUCUCCUUCUUCCUACCGAUCUACUUCCAGGUAAUGCUGCGGGCCAGUCCCAUGCGGUCCGGGGUGGAUAUCCUCGCUAUCGUGAUCCCUCUCAUGCCAGCCGGCAUUGCAGGUGGCCUCAUGGUCGCCAUCACCGGCCGGUACAAGCUCACCAUCAUUCUCGGCUACAGUCUGAUUUCCGUCGGGGUGGGCCUUUUCACCCUCCUCACCGAUAGGUCCAGUACAGCGACAUGGGUCAUCUUCCAAAUCAUCACGGGAAUCGGCGGCGGGCUGUCCCUCACCUCCACGCUCCCAGCAGUUCAGGCUCCGCUGCCGGAGAAGGACGUCGCCAUCGCCACCGCAAGCUGGGCAUUCGUGCGGAGUUUUGGUGCCAUCUGGGGCGCCGCCAUCCCCGCUGCCGUGUUCAACUCCAAGUUCGACAGCCAGCUGUCCCACAUCAGCGACCCGAGCACCCGCGCGCUCCUUGCGCAUGGCGGGGCAUAUGAGCAUGCCACCAAGCUCUUUAUUGAAGCCUUCGACGACAAUCCCGCCCUACAGCGCGAAAUCCUGGACGUCUAUCAGUCAUGUUUGAAGCUGGUUUGGCAGGCCUUGCUGGCGUUUUCCCUCGCGGCGUUUCCCCUUGCCGUGUGCAUUCCGCAAGUCGAGCUGCGGAAGGAAUUAGUGACCGAGUUUGGACUCGACGAGAAAUAUGGCGAAAAGAAGAGACGUGAAGCCAUCGAGCAAGAGGCGGGAGUAGAACUGGGGAAUCGAAGCACUCACAGGGACGACUAA